UAGUGCCACCAACAACACUUUUUCUUCCAACAAAACAAUUAACUAUUUUCAACGAUCUCUUUAAAAUAUUCAUACUUUCUCUCUCCAAAAAUGAAGCUCUCUAACCGUGUUUUUUCAGCCCUUCUCCUUAUCUCUUUUAUCAUUCUUGCUACCACUACAGAGAUGGGUUUGGCGGAUAAAAUAUGCAAGACACGGAGCGACCGUUUCUCAAGUGUGUGCUUUAGCAGUAACAGUUGUGCCAUCAUAUGCCAACAAUUCGAGAAAUUUGAAGGCGGUCAAUGCGAAUUCGAUGGAGUCUUCCGUCGUUGUUUAUGCACCAAAGCCUGUUAAAGACUAUCAUAAUAUUAUCAAGAUUCACUUGUAUUUCAAACUUCUUCCUUCAAUAAUUGCUAUGUGGUUGUUGGAGAAUAUAUCUAUAUAUCUUGAAUUACAGACAUUCCUUGUUAAAUUUGGGUUUUUAAUAUUUUA